AUGGGUGAAAAGAAGUACAUUUUGGUUUUAGGUGGUUCCACUUUUAUGGGUUUACAAUUGCUUUAGAAUCUAUGUUCUAGCGAAAACGAAGACUACGAAGUUUAUUACAUAAAUCGUGGUAAAAAAUAUUGGAAUAAUUAAGUUAAAAAUAUUAAAAAUGCUCAUCAUAUCUUCGGAAAUAGAAAAGAAAAAUAAGAAUAUAGAAAGCUUAUUGAAUAUGAGAGUAAAAAGUUAGGAAUUGAUGGAAAAAAGAAAUGGACAGCAGUUUUUGAUUUUUGUGGCUUUAAAUAUUCAGAAGUGAAAUCAGCUUAUGAAGCCUUAAAGGGAAAAUGCGAACUAUAUCUAUUCAUCUCUACUGAUUCUAUUUACGAUGUCUGCGAUAAAUCAGUCAGGAAAGAAGGAUAACCAAUUAAAGAAGAAAUGGCAUGUAGACCUAAAACUUUGACUAAAUAGGCAGAAUAUAAAAAGGAUGACGAUUAUGCACAUCAUAAGCUAAAAUGUGAGGAAUUUUUAUACAAUUAUGUAGAAAAAGAAGAAUUACCAUUUGUUAUUUUAAGAUUACCUGAUGUCAUAGGUCCAUUUGAUGACACUGGAAGAUUUUGGGCUUACAUGAAAUGGAUCACUGAAUUCAAUAAAAACACAUUAUACAUGGACGAUGAAGCUAAUAACUUAAAAAUGAGCUUUGUUUAUAGUUAGGAUGUUGCAGAUAUCUGUUUAAAACUUAUAAAUAUGCCUAAAGAUAAUAUACUACAUAAGAGUUAUAAUAUUGCAUGUGAGGAAGUGAUAACUUUAAAGUAAAUGAUAGAAUAAAUCGCUAAAAUUAUGGAUAUAAAGUUGGUUAACAUAAAGAAUACAGAUAAUGCAUCGAAGUUUUAUCCAUCUGUUGACUGUGGCCCUAUUGAUAUCACGCUUGCUAAAUAAAUGCUAGGAUGGAAUCCUACACCAUUAGAAGAAGUAUUGGAAAAAACAGUAACAUUCUUUAAGCAAGCCAAGGGCAAAUAUAGAGAAGAAGAAAAUUAUGCAGAAAAGAAGCUAUACAAAAAAAUUAAGACAGAUUGA